AUGCAAGGCGAACAGUCCUAUCUAUGGAUUAAUAAAAAUCAGCAAUCGACCUCGCUUUCGACGAGCAAAGGUCGAGAGUCAGCAUUGGUCAAUGGCCAUGCUCAAAGGGUAUCUGCCAAAAACCGAAAAUAUCGCAGUGCUAAAAUCGUACCAUCCAAAUUCAGUCGCCUGGCCUUCAGGGCUAUGCCGGGCACCGACGAUGAGACUCAAAAUCCUACCCAGAAAAACAAGAAGGUCGACAAACAGCUGCGCCUAAGUAUAUCUGAAUCACCAGUGGACCCAUUUCGGGUGACAACCCUGAAUGUCGACGAGCAUUCCGGACAGCUUUUGACCUUCCACGUCGCGUGGUGGAGAUCGGUUGCCCCGGACUGGAGAACAUGGCAUGAGGUCGAUCUGAAGCAGCCAGCCGAUGCCGUCAUGAGCCAGAAGUGCUUCAAGAGCCCUCUGUAUAUGCUCACAACCAUCACAUUUACAUCGAUCCAGAUGCAAGUCUUGAAACUCCCAGGCAGUCGUACCGAUGUAACCGAGGCGUUGCACCUGAAAACAAUCUUAGCUCUCAGAGAGGCACUGGUCAAAGGAACUUACUCUCCCAUGCAGUUUGUAGAAGUGUUAUCCUACUUGUGUCUCACGGAGGUGUUCAAAGGUGACUUUACUGCGGCAAGGGUACACUUGAGCGCAGUGCAACACUUACUCGUUCUUGUGGGAGGUAUUUCCAAGGUACUGAAUCAUAUCAGCGAGAUGAUUGUUUUCACGGACUAUUACCUUGCCCUUUCAACUCUUGGGCAUCCAAUUCUGGGACAUCACGCCAAUUCUGAUGAUGCCCCACCAGUGUCAGCAUCGGACAUGGCUAGUCAAUAUAGCGAUUCGCUCCUGCGUACUGACUGGGUUGUGAAGCUUCCGGAAGAGGUUCUCGGUACCGCUGUUGCACAGUUGUUGUUCUGUACCCAGACUCUUCAACAGGCAUGGACAAAUAAGGGUAGCAUCAUUAAUGGAUACUGGGUACGCAAGAAGUGCGUAUCAAUUCUCAUCUGUCUUCUUGGGGCAUGGGACAUUGACAGUAUGCCUUCGCAAAAGUCGGAAUUUGCCCGAGUCAGCAUUAUCCUGUGGACAGCCUUUGUCCUUGCAACCACACUUGACACACAAGGCGCCAAGAACUAUAUCCCGACAUUCGAGAGUGCAACAAUCAAAAAAUAUCAAUCGGUUGGUAUGACCAAGGUGUCGGUAGCGCUGUUGAAAUGGAACAAAGUUUUGACGCAUGACUACGGGGUCGUUCCUCCUGGUCUUGAUACUCUGUUAGCGAUCUUGUCCAUGAUACCAAACGAACUGGAAGCCUCAGGCGGUGUGAAUUUGAGCGAGCUAAUGAGUAGCUUCUCGACUUUGGAGCAACGAAAGCGAUUAGAGAAGGCUCUAGUGUAUACACGAGCACAAGCUGAACGUUCACUCCGGUUUCGGGUGUGGUGUACCUCAAUCUUACUGUGCUAA